AUGAAAUGGAUGUCAGUAACUAUUGGAAACCUAACGGUCGGAUAUACCACUGGUUGGGCGACUUCCAUCAUACCAAAGUUGAAAGAUCCGUUGCAGACCUCACUGACGUACCUGAUACUUGAUAAAGAUGGAUAUACUAUGAUCAGGGUUAUGGUAUUUGGAGCUGUUCUUGGUUCCCUCAUAUCAGGCUUUACAGCUAACAGAGUCGGUCGCAAGCCUUGCUUGAUCUUCACAUCCAGCCUCAAUAUCCUUGGCUACUCCAUCAUGGCGAACGCUGUUGAUGUGACCACCAUGAGUGUCGGCAGGUUCAUCGCUGGCAUGGCGGCUGGCUCCAUCGCUGUGGUCAACGUUGUUUACCUUGGUGAGAUUGCUUCGCCAGAAAUCCGUGGCGCCAUACUAGCCAUGGGCGGCAUCAUGCAUGUAUUCGGCAGCCUGCUAGUGUGCUCGCUGGGCCCGUAUGUGUGCGUGGAGGUGGUCUGCUAUGUGUGCGUCGGCGUCGGCUGCGUGCAUGUGUGUGUGCUGUGCUACGUGCCGGAGUCGCCGGUGUAUCAAGUCAUGAAAGGUAUUAUCUUAGAUUAG